GACUACAUAUUAGUAUGGAAUACGAUACCCAACAUUAAUUCUUUUAACUCUCUUCCUUUUCCCUCUCUAUUUCUGUUCCACGCGACCUCCAUAAAAGCUGACCAAUUUGUUUCUUCCUCAACUCGAAUUUUUGUUUCUUCUUCAGUUUCAAAUUCUUCAUUCCUCAUCCUUCCUAACACAAUUUGUGCUGGUCAGGAGAGCCCACGUUUCUUCCCUCAAAACUUUCAGUUGGCCGGUUUUACCUUUCUUUCCUUCCUCCUACUCUCAAACUCCAUAAUCUACUGUAACCUGCUUCUGAUGAUUUCAGGUUUUGCUUAAUCACCCUAAGUAUACUUCACUUCCUGCUGCAGAGUGACUGCUGAAAUCUUUUUAGGGAAUUAGGGCAGCUAACUAAGUUUUCCAUGUGACUAUGAAUUCAGAAUCUCUAUAUAUAAAGGGAAACUUUGGACGCAGUGUGCUUCCCAAGAAACCAAAUGAAACUAUGAAGAUUUUUGUUGCUGUAUUCAUUGGAUCCCUUUUUGGAUUCUUAGUUGGAUUCUCUUUCCCAUCACUUUCAUUAACCAAGCUAAAUAUCACAUCCAGUCUUAUUUGUGAUUUUUCCAAAGUUGGGCACAAAUUUAGUAGUAACUCUAGCCGAAAUAUCCGAGAUGCUCUGCCUUCGCUGAUUGGGAGCAGAAAUAACUCCCUUCAAAGCCCAAACAUGACCGAUCUAUUAAAGAUUUGGGUCCCCUCAAAUCCAAGAGGUGCAGAAAGAUUACCACCGCGCAUUAUUGCAAAUGAGUCAGACUUCUUUCCUCGCAGGUUAUGGGGCAAACCAAGCGAAGACCUGACUCACAAACCAAAAUAUCUGGUCACCUUCACUGUUGGCCUAAACCAGAAGAACAACAUUAAUGCAGCUGUGAAAAAGUUCUCAGAGAACUUUACCAUCCUUUUGUUCCAUUAUGAUGGCAAGACAAGUGAAUGGGAUGAGUUUGAGUGGUCUAAGCGGGCCAUUCAUGUCAGUGUUCAUAAACAGACAAAAUGGUGGUAUGCAAAAAGAUUUUUGCAUCCAAGCAUUGUUGCACCAUAUGAUUACAUAUUUAUAUGGGAUGAGGACCUCGGAGUUGAACAUUUUGAUGCUGAACAAUACAUAAAACUUGUUAAGAAGCAUGGUUUGGAAAUUUCCCAGCCUGGUUUGGGCCCUAGUAAUAAAGGCUUAACAUGGCAGAUGACAAAGAGAAGAGGUGAUGAAGAAGUGCACAAAGAAACAACAGAGAAACCAGGCUGGUGCAGUGAUCCCCAUCGCCCUCCCUGUGCAGCAUUUGUGGAGAUCAUGGCUCCCGUUUUUUCUCGGGGUGCAUGGCGCUGUGUGUGGCAUAUGAUUCAGAAUGACCUGGUCCAUGGUUGGGGCCUUGACUUUGCCCUCCAAAGAUGUGUUGAGCCUGCCCAUGAGAAAAUUGGUGUUGUGGACGCUCAGUGGAUCGUUCAUCAGUCUAUUCCUUCACUUGGGAGCCAGGGUCAAUCAGAGAAUGGCAAAGCUCCGUGGCAAGGGGUACGAGAGAGGUGUAGAAAAGAAUGGGCAAUGUUUCAAAAUAGGAUGUCAAAUGCAGAGAAAGCUUACUACCUGGGAAAGGGAAUUGAUCCUUCCAAUUUCACAUCUCAUUAGAGGAUGGCACAAUUAACUUGUACAAAGAAUACCAUCCAAUUUUUUAAGAGGAAAAGUUCUAUAUAUAUUUUUUAUACGUAUCUAGUUGUAGUUAUAAUUCUUUAUAAUGAAAUUUUGUAGGGAUCCACUCAAAUAUGCUCUUUCUCUUUC